AUCCGUACUGCCAUCAACACCAAUCACCAUUCGUCCAUCGAGCAGAAAUCAACGACACCAGCGGCGUGCCAGCGGGAACGUCUAACGUCUCGUGAGCGUCGGCUGCGGCGGUGUUCUUGUGUGUGAGAAAGAGCGUGCUGAUGCCAUGCCGUCCGGCGGUCCAAGUUACGGCAGCUACUGCUGUGUGUCGUGGUGCUUCAACAACGGCAAAACCCAGAAGAAGCCAGGAACGAGUUUCUUCCGCAUACCACGGGACGGCAGGAUGACAGCAUGGAUGCAGUACGCUGGAAGAGACGAUCUUCUGAGUAAGCCGGGCAGCGUAUUGUACGCAACCUACAGAGUUUGCAGCGACCAUUUCACUGCUGAAAGUUUCAUGGACCCUGGGCAUACAAGGCUUACAAAAAUGGCUGUGCCGAGUGUGCACCCAGUUGCACCUUGUUCUUUGAGCGUCGCUUCUACUAGUGACUGCCACAUGACUGCAGAAGCUGCACUACAAGGAUCUGCGGAAGAGGCUUCGAACAGCGACCCCCACACAUUGAGGUGCCCUGAUGAGCAGGUUGGCGACUCCCUUGUAGCUGGCAAAGGAGCAUCUGCUGAUCUCGGCCUGCUGGAGGAAACCUUGACCAAUCGUUCAGUUGUGACAGAAGGAACUUCUGUGAUCGGCACCUUGCAACUUUCUUCCGACAGCAGUGUCCGAGGCGCUGAACAAGCUUCACAGGACACCCUAGAAGAUGUGUCUGCCAACAGCUCCAUGAAUGAGUGCCCUACUGCAAAUGAGCUUUCCUGCGUGCCAACGACAAGUUGUGCAUCAAAAAUGUACAAGCAAACCAUCAAACGUCUCCAAGCCAAAGUAGCAGCACAGCGGAAAACUAUCAAAAGACUGCUGAGACAGCCUCACAAGUCACCGUCAUCGACUACAAAGGCUCUUGGCAUUAUCCGACCAUACGUCACCGAGGAGGUUUUUAAACUUCUUUCGACACAUGUUCGCUUGAGGCCAAAAGGCAAAGGCAAGCGGUUUCCCGUUUGGUUGAAGAAAUUCGCUCUUCCCCUAAACUUCCGUGGCCCGCGAGCAUACCGAUUUCUGGCUCCAUAUUUUUCUUUGCCCUCCCGGCGUUCAUUAAGAAGGUGGCUAGCCAAUGUAAAGAUGACUCCAGGCACGAUUCCUGGAAUCAUUUCUUCCAUUGCCACAAAUACUCAAGCUUGGAAUGAACGUGACCGAGUGUGUGCUUUAGUUUUUGACGAGAUAGCACUGAAAAAAAAUUUGCAUUAUGAUGUUGCACGGGACGUUGUCCAUGGUUUCACAGAUGAUGGCGCUCACCGCACUUCAACCAUUGCUGACCGAGCAAUGGUUGUUCUCCUUGCUGGUGUUUCGAAGAAGUGGGUUCAACCGGUUGCUUUUACUAUAGGGCACACAUCAACACCAUCAUCUGUUAUGCAUAACCUGCUGUUGUCGCUCAUUGUGGAGCUUAGAUGCAUUCAUAUUACAGUGAAAGCAUUAAUAUGUGACCAGGGUAGUUCUAAUGCCAGUCUCGCUAACCAACUAAGAGUGACUGCCGCAAAGCCUUUUUUUGACGUUGAUGGUGAGCGGGUAUAUUUCAUCUUUGAUGUACCACAUUUAAUUAAAACAACACGCAAUAAUGUCCAAGCGCACAAGUUGUACAUAGGGGAUGAUAUUGUUGACUGGUCACACAUUGUAAGCCUUUACCAAUCUUCGCAUGAGUUGCGGUUGCGACUGGCUCCAAAGUUGACUGAACGACACGUUCAUCAGAAACCUUUUGCCAAUAUGAAGGUCAGCAGAGCAACGCAGGUCCUCAGUGCAUCGGUAUCCAUUGCUAUCACGGCAUUGGUGUAUGCAAACGUGCUGCCUGCCUCAGCCAUCGCUACAGCACAAUUUUGUGAUCGUAUGGACAGGAUUUUCGAUUCCCUGAACAGCUCGAGUAAAAAAAAAAACUUCGCAAAAGCUCCGCCAUGCAAUCAUGAAAGAGAAUCCGGAACUGAUUGACUUCCUUCAAGGCCAGCUUCCUUGGAUUGCAUCAUGGAAGUUUGAUGGCA